GGAAAAAAUGAUGACAUGAGACGACUACUGGAAGCAAAGACCGAAAAGGACUUGGAUAAUUACGCAAAAAAUGACCUACCGAAAGAUCUGAACAUGUUUGACGUUUGUUUUAAUAAGUCCAAACACGAGACAAUUUACACAACUCAUAAAAUUCUGAACCUACCAGCUUACGUACGCACUCCAGAAUUAGAGCAAGAAUCCAACUGCGACUGCGUAACAGAAAUCAGCACCGACCCUUUCUACAUGAAACAAGAAGUUUUCCUUGAAUUGAGAGAUCGUUAUAAAUCAGAAGAAGGGACUUCUUCAGACAACGAAUUCAAAGUGGUACCUCACUACAUAGUUCCUCCUCUGCAUUUCGCUGAUCGUACAUGGAAAAGAGCCACUAAUCAUUACAUCAACACAGCACCUCUUCGGGAUAAACUGGUUCCUCUAAUGAAUAUCAUAGACCAAGGAAUAAAACGAGCUGCGAUCAGCGUGUUUAAAGCAACCAAACUCGAAGAAUUAAUAAUUUCUACCACAAUAAUAAAGAUUCCAAAUCCCAAGUAUCCCGGAAAAAUCACCAAUUGGUGGAAAAAAAUAGAAAAAUACCUAUUCAAGCAAAAUAUUUGGUGUAAAUUGGUAUUUAAUGAGGUAACAAAACAAGGUAUUGUUAUUUAUGUUCAUAAUACGCCUGAAAAACCAAAAGAAAGUGAAAAAAGAUGCAGAAGUAGUAUGUUGAAAGAGUGCAAUUUCAAGACGUGGGCAUAUAGCACGGAUUCAUGUGAGGCUAGCACCAGCACGGGUACCCCUACCAGCACCGAGAUUGAUUUUGGAUACGCGUACUGUUGUGAAGCGUCUAUAGGAGAUGCCAUGAACAUGUUUGAUUCGAAGUUACUCAUGGUCGAUUUUUUAAAUAUUGAUUCAAUAUUAAAUCCAGUGCCUCCAGUGGAAUAAUUGAUCUCAACUACCAAUAAGAAAGAUCGUAGUACCUACACUGAGAAAAAAAACCGUAGUGUAAUAUACCACAUUAGUGUAGUAAUUUACCUUCAGUUGGAAAAUGUAGUACAAAGUACUAUAAGUGUAGCAGUUCAAGCACUACAAGUGUAGUAGUGCAAGUACUACAACUAUAGUACUUCCUUUUGAAGCAAGCACUACAACUAUAGUACUUUCUUUUGAGCAACCACAAAUUAUAGCACUAUCAACUACAAAUACAUAUCAUAACCAGUAAAAGUGCGUAAUUUUAAUUUUUUAAAUUUAAUUUUUAAAAAUAACGAGUGUGUUUGAUACGAAUUUUAUUAGUAUGGCCAGCUUUACAUUUCAUCUCUUCGUCCAAUGAUGCUAAUAACUU